UUAUGGAAUGAGACCCGACUUGGGAGCAUCUCAUAAAUACAUAACUCCAGUGUGAAAUUGCUAUUUUUAGAGUAAGUCCAAACAAAUCUGCAAACAUGGUGCCAACACAACGACUAAUUACAAGAAUGGAAAGAAGACUUGUCACGGUUGGAUUUGUGCUUAUUCUGCUGGCGGUGACGCUACCUUGGGGGAUUGAGGGGUGUGCCUCUCGAUCUGGCUGGGGCGCUCCGCCACCGCCUGUCAUCGUCCUGCCAAAACCCACCCUCAUUCCCAAACUGAUUGCAGCCUUUCAAGAUGGCAAGAACUCCGUAUCGGUGAAAAAAGGUCCCCCACUGGGAUGGGUUGGGAUUUCCCCUCAACCAGCCCUUGAGAUCAAUGGACUCGGUUGGGCGCCUCAAUACGAGGAUGGCUUCCAUCGGUACGGUGACCACCAGCGUGGGUUCUUAGUCGGACAAAAACACGUUGGACAUGGUGCCAACCACGGCGUAAAUUAUGCGUCUCACUUUGCCAACUAUGACAUCGGCCCGUUUCCAAUCCCGCACGAUUUCGGCAUAAAUUAAUUAUCCAGUUUUCCGUAACAUAUAGGACCAAGUACAUAAAAUGUAAUUGUGGGAGUGGUGGUGGUGUCGGUGGUGGUGGUGUUUCAGCCUAAUUUAUUUAUAACUUCCCUGUCUGUAUUGUGAAAUUUUGUGUUGGUUUUUAAACUAAUUAAUAAACCAGGAAUAAUGAGAAAUUAAAUGAGA